UCCUUACGGCUGCGCACUGAGGAGAUUGUCCACAAGGUCACUGGCACGUGUAGCGGACUGUCAUUCUGUUACGCAUUCACCGGCUACUUCGUCGCAGUUUUGUGAACUGACUUGACCUGGUAACAUAAACGUCGGAGUUGUGAUCAACGAUUUAUCCUGAACAUGGCAAGAGGAAGCCGUAGUCGCCCGUCUGCACCUGUCAGUGCCCAAGCACCAUCCUACGCCCCAGCGCCUGCCCCCCCACCCCCAGCUGCCCUGGCCCCAAUUCAGCCCAAGCAGCCGGGACUCAUGGCCCAGAUGGCCACCACUGCAGCUGGGGUGGCAGUGGGCUCUGCUGUCGGGCAUGUGGUGGGUGGGGCCCUGACCGGGGCGUUCAGUGGUGGCAGCAGCAGCAGCCCCGAACCAGCCAAGCCUGCAAGUGCAUUUCAGGAGCCUCCCCGGAUGCCCGCUCAGCAGGGCCCAUGCCUUUAUGAGGUGAGGCAGUUCCUGGACUGUGCCACCACACAGACGGACCUCAGUCUGUGCGAGGGCUUCAACGAGGCCCUCAAACAGUGCAAGUUCUCACAGGGUGUGAAUCAACUGGUUUGAUUGGUCCUGCGAGGUUGAUCCAACAAGAACUCUACGGAAUACACUUUCAUGGAUAACUCAAGUCAUCUUUCAGAAUCACUUUGCUCUAGACGCACAUAUCAAUUUUGUAGUUGUAACAUGUACUUUGGACUUAUGAUUAUGUAUAUGAGAUUGUAAAAUAAAAGCUGCUGUGUACUUGU